AUGACCACUAUUUCGCACCAACCAUCAGACUCAACCCUUUCCAAAACUAAAAUAUCAACAACAUUUGGACUCUCGAAAGAUUUAAAACAACCAAUAAUUGUAAAGAUAUGUUAUUUAGAAUCAACUAUACCUAAUUCUGAAUUAAAAUUAGCAAAAUUAUCUCAAAAAUUUGAAGAUCCUUCAGUAUUUAAAAAAUUAUCAAAUAUUUAUAAGUAUUCAGAUUUAUUUGUUAAAAUUGAAGUAUUUGAUGGUAAAAAUAAUAAUUUAAUAAGUAUACCAAUUCAAACAACUUAUCAAUCAUUUAAUAAUAAAAAACGAUUAUGGAAUCAACAUUUAAAAUUAUCAAUAAAUUAUGAUCAAAUUGAUUAUGAUUCUUAUUUGAAAUUUUCAAUUUGGGAAAUUAUUGAUACUAAACCUGAAAUGUUUGGUUAUGGAUUUAUGAGUUUAUUUAAUUUUAAUACAUCUACUUUAAGAUGUGGAUCCCAAAAAAUUCCUAUAUUCACGAACAUGGAUGAAACAGUUUUGGAACAAAAUGAAAAAAAUAUAAAUUAUAGAGAUCAAAUUGGAUUGACUGAUCUUGAGAAAGAUUUGAUAAAGUAUGAAAAUGGAGAGUAUCCCAGAAUCAAUUGGUUAGAUAAAAUGUCCUUACCCAAAAUUAACAAUCUAAUAUCAAGUAAUACGUAUGAUACAAGUCGAAAAUAUGAUUAUUAUUUAUACGUCGAAUUACCACAAUUUGAAUUUCCAAUCGUAUUUUCAGAUAUAACAUUUGAUAUACCGAAAAUUGAGCCAGUUAUUGAACCUAAUAUUGCUCCCGUUCCCAUAAAUACAAUGAGUAAAAUUUUAAAUUCAAUAGAUAUCCCAAAAUCAACAUCACAAGAUAAAUUCAAGCCCAAAAUUCAUGACCCUGAUUUUCAAAUUACUUCAUUAAAUUCUGCAACACUUAAUAAUACAACUCAACCUAAUACCAAUAAUAUCAAUUUAGAAGAUCCAAUAGAAUUGAAAUUUCACAAAUUAGAAAGAAAUAUAAACAAUAAUUCAAUAAUUGAUAAAGAUUUAAAACCAUCACCACAAUUAAGAGAUGAAUUAACUAAAAUUUUAUUAAAACCAUCAAAUGCAGAAUUAAGUGAUUAUGAAAAAAAUUUAAUGUGGAAAUUUCGUUAUUAUUUUAGUAAAAUAAAUUCAAAUGAAAUUACAACAAAAUCAACUACAACAAAACUGUUUUUACCUAAAUUUUUAAAAUCUAUAAGUUGGGAAAAUGAAUAUGAAUUAGAUCAUACUUUUAAAGAAAUUUUACCUCUUUAUUGGAGUGUAGAUAAAAUUCAAAUUGGUGAUGCUUUAGAACUUUUAGGUAAUUAUUUCAAUCCUUAUGUUCUUGGUAAAUCCAUUAUCAAGAAUGAAAAUAAUGAGAAUUUAUUAAAGACAGAUCUUAAAUUAAAAGAUGAUGAGAUUAGCUUUCAAAAAAUUUUUGAUAAUGUAUGUUAUUUAAGAAAAUUAGCUGUUGAAAGAUUAAGAUUGGCAAGUAGUGAAGAAUUGUUAUUAUAUUUGUUACAAUUAGUUCAAGCAUUGAAAUAUGAGGCAUUAAUUUAUCAAGAUUUAAAUGGUGAAAGCAGCGAAGAGUCUGAAUUGGAUUGUAUGAAGUUACCAUUGGCUAAUUUUUUAAUUGAAUCAGCUGUGGAAAAUGAAAUAUUAGGAAACUUUUUCUACUGGUAUGUGAAAGUAGAAAAUGAAGAUCAACUUAAUGCUGUACAGGGUAAUAUUGAAUCGAUUUAUGGAAUUAUUUUAAAUAAGUAUAUUGAAUGCUUGAAGAUAUAUUGUCAUGAACAUAAAUUACCUUACUACAAACAUUUGAAAAGACAAAUUUGGUUUAUUAAAAAAUUGACGAAUCUUGUGGAAUUGAUUAGAUCUUCAUUCAAAAAGAAUGAAGCAACUGCAAAAAAAGUAGAAUUUUUAAGGGAUUAUUUAUCAGCAACCACAAACGAAUUGAAUAGAUUUCCAGAACCAUUUCCACUACCAUUGGAUCCAACAAUAAUGGUAUGUGGAUGUUACCCUGAAGAAUCAUCUGUUUUUAAAUCUUCAUUAGCACCACUCAAAAUAACAUUGAAGACCGUUGAAACUAAAAAAAAAUCUGGUAAUCAACAUACAACUUCACAAAUAUUUGGACAGAAAUCUAAAAAAUAUGGUAAAUAUCCUUUAAUGUUUAAAAUUGGUGAUGACUUGAGACAAGAUCAAUUAGUCAUUCAAAUUUUGAAUCUUAUGGACCAAUUAUUAAAGAAUGAAAAUUUAGAUUUGAAAUUAACUCCGUAUAAGAUUUUAGCAACUAGUCCCAUUGCAGGUUUAAUCCAAUUUGUGCCUAAUGAAACUUUGGAUUCGAUUUUGUCUAAAAACACUCAAAUCAACACAAAUUCAAAUAAUAAUACAGCUACUACAAUUGCAACCACUUCAUCAACUGACCAAUCCCCACAAAUUUCAACCAAUGGUAUACUAAACUAUUUGAGACUACAUAGUCAUGAUCAACAAAUAGUUGAACCAAUUUCUAAAAGUGUUUUGAAUUCUUCAUCAAUUACAGAUUCAUCAAAAAUUCCUAAACAACCAAAACAAACUGUAACAUCGGAUCUUGGGGUAUCACCUAUACUAAUGGAUAAUUAUGUCAAAUCAUGUGCUGGAUACUGUGUUAUAACGUAUAUCUUAGGUGUAGGAGAUCGUCAUCUUGAUAAUUUAUUACUAUCACCCAAUGGAAAAUUUUGGCAUGCAGAUUUCGGCUAUAUUUUGGGUCGAGAUCCCAAACCUUUUCCUCCACUUAUGAAAUUACCAAUACAAGUUAUAGACGGAAUGGGUGGUUUACAACAUGAAAAUUAUAAUAUAUUUAAAAAUUAUUGUUUUAUAACUUAUCAAACAUUACGAAAAAAUUCAAAUUUGAUUUUAAAUCUUUUUCAAUUAAUGAUGAAUGCUAAUAUUCCAGAUAUUAAAAUUGAUCCAACAAGAGUUAUUGAAAAAGUGGAAGAAAAAUUUUGUUUAGGUAUGAAUGAAGAAGAAAGUAUAUUACAUUUUCAAAAUUUAAUUAAUGACAGUGUGAAUGCUUUUUUACCUGUUGUCAUUGAUAGACUACAUAGUUUAGCUCAAUAUUGGAGAGCCUAA